AUGUCUCGACGUUCCAUAGAACUUGGUCAUGCUAUUGAUAUCAGUAUUCCAUUUCCAAAUGAAUGGCUUCCAUCACAAAUAGCGACUGUUCUAUCAGUUGAUCCUGAGCUAAAAGAGCAGGUUAUAUAUAGAGAAAUUAAAGUGGAUGGAUCGUAUUUGUUUGCAUCAUUUCAGAGUGCUGAUUUGAAAACUUUACGUGUUUCUGUCGAUGCAUUUUUGGAUAAUGUUGUUUUGAUUAUUCGUACUGUAAAUGAGUGUGGAAAUUUAUAA